GGCGUUGCGAAGGCUGGUUCGGGACUGGAACCUGACAGGAAGCGGACGCAGGAACUCAGCUGUGGACUCGGCCGGUGCCAACUCCAAGGACCCUCGCUUCCAGGACGCGCCCAUGGCGCACUUCGUGUUCGAGAGUGACCUGCACUCGUUGCUCCAGCUGGACGCUCCCAUCCCCAAUGCACCCCCCGCACGCUGGCAGCGCAAAGCUAAGGAAUCGGCGGGCCCGGCGCCCUCUCCCAUGCGGGCGGCCAACCGAUCCCACAGCGCCGGCAGGACCCCCGGCCGAACUCCUGGUAAAUCCAGCUCCAAAGCUCAGGCCACCCCCAGCAAAGCUGGGGGCGACCGCUAUAUCCCCCAUCGCAGUGCUUCCCAGAUGGAAGUGGCAAGCUUCCUCCUCAGCAAAGAGAACCAGCCCGAAAACAGCCAGACGCCCACUAAGAAGGAACACCAGAAAGCGUGGGCCUUGAACCUGAACGGUUUUGAUGUCGAAGAAGCCAAGAUCCUAAGGCUCAGUGGAAAACCCCAGAAUGCCCCAGAAGGUUACCAGAAUCGGCUGAAGGUACUUUAUAGCCAAAAGGCCACGCCUGGCUCCAGCCGGAAGACCUGCCGUUACAUUCCUUCCCUGCCUGAUCGUAUUCUGGAUGCCCCUGAAAUCCGGAAUGACUAUUACCUGAAUCUCGUGGACUGGAGCUCUGGAAAUGUACUGGCGGUGGCACUGGACAACAGUGUCUACUUGUGGAGUGCAAGCUCCGGUGACAUCCUGCAGCUGCUACAAAUGGAGCAGCCUGGGGAAUAUAUAUCCUCUGUGGCCUGGAUCAAAGAGGGCAACUACCUGGCUGUGGGCACCAGCAGUGCUGAAGUGCAGCUAUGGGAUGUUCAACAGCAGAAAAGGCUUCGAAACAUGACCAGUCACUCUGCCAGAGUGGGCUCCCUCUGUUGGAAUAGCUACAUCCUGUCCAGUGGUUCACGCUCUGGUCAUAUCCACCACCAUGAUGUCCGGGUAGCAGAACACCAUGUGGCCACACUGAGUGGCCAUAGCCAGGAAGUGUGUGGGCUGCGUUGGGCCCCAGAUGGACGACAUUUGGCCAGUGGAGGAAAUGAUAACUUGGUCAAUGUGUGGCCUAGCGCUCCUGGAGAGAGUGGCUGGGUUCCCCUGCAGACAUUCACCCAGCAUCAAGGCGCUGUCAAGGCUGUAGCAUGGUGUCCCUGGCAGUCAAAUGUCUUGGCAACAGGAGGGGGUACCAGUGAUCGACACAUUCGCAUCUGGAACGUCUGCUCUGGAGCCUGUCUGAGUGCUGUGGAUGCCCAUUCUCAGGUGUGCUCUAUCCUCUGGUCUCCCCACUACAAGGAGCUCAUCUCAGGUCAUGGCUUUGCCCAGAACCAGCUGGUUAUUUGGAAGUACCCAACCAUGGCUAAGGUGGCGGAGCUCAAAGGCCACACAGCCCGGGUCCUGAAUCUGACCAUGAGCCCUGAUGGGGCCACCGUGGCAUCCGCAGCAGCAGAUGAGACCCUGCGGCUCUGGCGCUGCUUUGAGUUGGACCCUGUGCGGCGGCGAGAGCGGGAGAAGGCCAGCGCAGCCAAAAGCAGCCUCAUCCACCAAGGCAUCCGCUGAGACCCACCCGACCCAGGGUUUUGUUUUUGUUUUUUUAAAGUUUUUAAUAAAAGCCAUGUCCCCCUUUCUC